AUGGCCCAAACUUUGAUUCAGCGGCACCCGCUGCAGCGUUUUUCUAGUCCUUCGCAGGGCUUCUCUGCCCUCGUUCAUGCAACGGGACUUGCCAGUUUUUUCUGGUCUUUCAAAUGGAUGCACGACAACCCUAAUCAGGCCAACCAGGCCUAUGGCUGGCAUUUCCAGUAUCUAACCGUCAUCGGCCUGGGGCUCUCCACUCUGACCUUUGCCUGUGGGCUGCUGGCUGAUGUGACGCUGUCUCGACGGUUGUUUCUGGCCAAGAACAUACUGUCGGUGUGCAGCUGCCCCAUGGAAGUUCUGAUCAGCGUUCUGUACUGGGGCCUUCGAAUGAUUGACAAACGCUUGGUCAUUCCUGAUUGGGUCUUCAUCCCGAUGCACGCCGAUAUCGGCUUCCAUGCAAUUCCUUCGAUUGUCAUGCUGGUGGAUCUGCUGCUACUUUCCCCACCUUGGACCAUCAGCGUCCUUCCUUCUCUAGGUUUGUCCGGUGCCAUCGCCUUCGGCUACUGGUUCUGGGUGGAGAGGUGCUUCAGCUACAAUGGCUGGUACCCGUAUCCCAUCUUUGAAUUGCUGCCCACUCCUGGUCGCAUCGGGCUGUUCUCCCUGAGUGCCAUCGUCAUGGCACUGAGCACUGCCACUCUGAAAUGGCUGUAUGGGCGGGUCAAUGGAUUUGGAACUCCUGUCCCGGCUCAGUCUCGACCCGGUGACAUCAAAGAAAAGGACGGACUGUAA